AUGCAUGUUGAAACAGAGAAAGAACUGAAGUUUGAGAAAGUGAAUGAAGAAUUUGCUUUUGAGCCAUCAGAAAGAACCAUUGACAAAUAUCUCUUGGGCUCUUCAGUUGAGUCGCAAGAGAUCAUAGAGUCCGAGGAAAAGCUAAAGCAACAAAAAGGAUUACUAGAAGAGUUGACGUUUAAGAAGAAAAACAAAGAUAAGAAGAAGAAGAAAAAAGAUGCAGCUCAUUUCAUGAAAAAGAUAUUGCAGAACCUCCAGCCCAAAUCAAAGAGCUCAAAUGUCACUGCAUCUGUUUCAAGCAAGAAGAAACUCCCUCAGGUCCUUAAAAUGUUUUACAGAAAAGUUCAUCCUGUGAAUGAGAACAAUAUUCUAGAAGAUAAUCAUGAGAUUAGCAACAAUAUUAAUGUUUCCUGCAAGGCUGCUAAUCUGACAAAUUCUUCUCCAAAGAAGGAAGUCAUCAACAGAGAGCACUGGAUUAAAACAGAUAGAGAUUACUUGGUGCUGGAGCUGGAGCUGGAGCUGUAGAUGGAUCGAUGGCAAAAUAUUAAGGUGUACGU